AAAUAACCCUCAGUGGUAUUUCAGCCUUGCUACGCGACGGUGAUCAAUCUUCAAUUGUGCGAAUAAGUUCGCUGCAACUAUUGUGAAUAGUUUUAAAUUGAAGAUCAGUGAAAGCCUGCUGUUUGAGACAACCUGACCUGCCAGAAGCAGCUGUUUUGAAUUUUGAACUUAAUAAUUUGAUCUAACAAAACCUAAACAAGAUGCUCGCCAGACCAUCCAUGGAAAUGCAAUCUGAGGAGACUCCCGUGGCGCUGCAGCGUCUCUGGAACCUGACCCGCGCUCGUCUGGCCGGGACUUCCACGGCUUUGGAUUCGGAGCCCGCGCUGGUUGAGGAAACCCUAUCCACCCAGAAAAAUGAAGCCACGCCGAAGGUUCACCAGACUGCUGCCAGCGACUAUGAGAGCGAUGGCGAAGAUGCUUUUCCUGGAUUUGAAUUGACUGAGUCUCAUGAUAUUCCAAUCAGAAGUUUCUGGGAUGAACGAGUGGUUGACAAAGAGGUUCUACUUGAUGCGAGUAAACUGGGAGAUGUCCCCGCUGUGUACCGCGUGCCUGCGCCGGCGCCGCACCAAAUGCCCGUGAUCGGCGUAUACAUCGACCCUCGCGUCCGAACCGGCUUCCGAUACAAAGUCCGUCCGAUGCAGGGUAUAGAUGCGGCGCCUCUGUCUGUGAAGCCAAGAUAUUUGUUUGACGGGAAGGCCCUGACUCUGCAGUCCAUUGGCCGUGGGUUCGCUCGACGCAUGACUUUCGAACCAUACAACUGUACACUCAAUGAGAAUGAGAACUACUUCUGGACAGAUUCGAGACCUGAAGGGUUUGUGUUUGAGAUCGAAGCUGUGUCAGUCGGAGACAAAUUCACAAUCUAUGACGCAAACCACGAGCCGCAGGGAAUCUUGGAAGUUGUGCAGCAGCAGAAAAAUCAAGUGGAACUGGAGCAGAACAUUUUGAAAGAUGACACGAUUGUGAAGAAGGUGAAGUUAAAUACUUUGUGCAAAGUGGAAUGGUAUGAGAACGACGGCGCCACAAAACUGGUGCCGGUCACUGGAGUGGCCAUCUUGAAGAAGGGCCGAGGUAAAGCCGUAGUGGAGAGAGUGCUCAACGUCGCUAUAGGAAUCAAGCAACUGAAGAAGGGGUAUGAAUUAAAGCCAGGCAUUGAAUCCUCGUCCAGGAGGAUCACCGUCAAUGGAAGUGAUAUCAAAGACAUUCCGUGCCAAUACUGCGUUGUUGGUCUUGAAAAAUAUGAAAUCCCUGUUAUAGGAACAUACGUGGAUCCACGAGUCGUGCCUGGCUUCCAAUACCGCGUGCGGCCGGCGGGUAGCCGCCGACACCUGUUUGGAGGUCGCAGCCUGCUGCUGCAGUCUGUCGGCAUGGGCUACGGCAAGCGUAUCACCUUCAAGUCCGACAGCCUCAACUCUCCAGAGAACUAUUUCUGGUCCGACUCCCAUCCAGAAGGCAUCGGGAUGGAAACACGCGCUAUCCACCCCGGGAUGAAAUUCUCCAUCACAGGCAACGGGGGUCUUCUGGGAGAAGCCAGUGUAUUCAGAGCUGAUCUGCCGCAAGUAGAGGAGAAAACGGUGUUCGUCGACGUGCCAGGGAAACGCGGGCAAGCCGUGGAGAAAUAUGUGCACGUGGACGUUACGUGCCACGUCAAACUGGCCACCACCGGUGGCGGCACCGUUGACUCGGAAGUUCACCUCAUGAAAGUGUCAGGAGUGGCGCUCGUCCGAAAGGAACCAGACAGCUCAGUCGCAAAACUGGUGAAGGUGUUCAACGUGGGAUUAGACUCUCAGUUGAACCUGUUGUUCGCCCACUCACAGACCGAGCUGACUUUCCAUCCUCUUCCCUAAACGUCGCUUUGAGGCUCGAAUGGUGUUGCAACACUGGCGGCAGUCUGGCCCGCGGAGAAGUGUUGCAACGCUACAAAAUUCACCUGGCGCGACAUGGGCUCCGUCAAAUUCCAAUCGAUUUGGUCAAGAGUUUGCAACCGAGGGAUAUUUUGAUCCCAGUGCCGUGCGCACAGUAGGAACAUGCGAUUCGGUUGUAGAGUCGUCACGGCUAUUACUCUCGAUAUCGAUAUCUGUUAUCGAGAGAUCGAAUAUCACCAGUGUAUAAAGCGAACAUGUAGUUAGUUUGCCAACAACAUCAAGAAUAUCAUUGAAAUGUCAUCAAGUAAUUGCAAUACUAUCUGUAAAUUCAUUACAGCAGCGUUUAAAUUAGUUUAUUUAUUAUUAUUGUCAGUAUUUUUAAAAUUAUUACAUUAUUUAAUUGAUGUAUGUUACUAUUGUUUAUAGUUGCUCUUGGAGAGAGAGCAGUAAAAGACUAUUAAUUGUGAAUUAUUUUGAAUAUGACUUUUUAAAAUUGUAUUCUUUUUCGAUAAUAAUAUUCUCCUAUUUUGUCUCGAAUAUUAUAUUUUAAUAAAGAAAUAAAUUAUGAAAA